UCAAUUUUGAUUUUUUUUUGUUUAGAAUUUAAAUUACUCUAAAACAAUAAUGCUUCGAAAUUGUUUGAACAUCAUGACAAACUUGUGGCGAAUUGCUCAACGAACAAAUAUUCAAACAACAUUAAUUAGACCGGAAUUUCAAUUACCGUUAUCAAUGGAUAAAUUUCCUAUGCUUCAACAGCAACAAAUACGAACAUUUAAAGAUAAAGAUGUGCUAAAACUUCGUUGUUCAAAAUGUUAUUUCAAAAAAAUCGAUGAUCGUUGGUGGGUUCUUUGUAAUGAACAUCCACGACAUAAACAACGACAAAAAUUGUCACGAAUACAGCAACAAGAUGAAAUGAUUGUCACACACAUUACCCGUACCGGAUCAUAUAAAAAGAAACAUUAUCAAUAUAUUUAUCAUGAUAUUUGAUUGAUUCGGGAUUUGAUUUCAUUUUGUACAAUUUGUCUAAUUUCGUUAUUUUUUUUUUUUUUUUGAAAUAGCUGGAAAACCCCCAUAAUUAUUGUAUUUUCAUUUUCAUUGUUCAUGAAAACAAAAAUAAAUAAAUUACCUGUUAGAAAUA